AUGAAAGAAACGUCAACGGCGGCAGUCGCUUCAAAGUCCGGUAAACGUGACGUCGAAAUGGUAGCGGACGGGAUAUCGGACACAGCGGAUAGGAGGAAGUCAACUUCGGGUUGUCGUCGGAGGAUUGUAGCGUCGGCGGCGGUUGCAUCGUCGCACGGUGGACAAUCGCGUACCGCGAUGACAGUCCUGUCCAUGGUGAUGGUCGCCUGUGCCGUGGCGGCUGUCGACUUGCAACACGUGGCCAUCGUUUGCCAACACUGGCUAUUAGCGAUGUUUCAGUCGGCUGCCGAUCAACAGUGUGCAUUGACGUUACCGGACUUCUUUGAAGAUGUACUACGACCGCCAAUUGAUUGUUCCUACUGCCAAGAAUUAGACGCUAUUGAGAAGGUAUUCAAUCUAUCAGCGGAAAAUUUUGAAAAGCACUACGCGUAUACUGGACGACCAGUAGUGGUUGUCGAAGACUCCAAUGUCGAGCGGUCGACUAAUUUUGGGUUUCGAUUUUUCAAAAAUUUGUCCGAUUCCAAACUUCUAACGCCGUGCCAAUUUUUCCCGUACAAAACCGAAUUCAAAACGCUUGAAGAAGCUCUGAACAUGGACGACGAACGGGCCAAGAUGACGCCCGGAUAUACCCCGUGGUAUAUCGGAUGGAGCAAUUGUGAACGUAAAUCGAUAAAUCGUCUAAAGGAACAUAUAACUUUACCGAAUUUCUUACCAAAACUAUCAGACAGGAAGCAAACCCUAUGGAUUUUUAUGGGCACACCUGGUCACGGAGCACCAAUGCACAUCGACAAAGUAGCAUUUCCGUCGUGGCAGACGCAAAUCAGCGGAUAUAAAAAAUGGACGUUACGUACGCCGGCCGAAUGUUUUUUCAAAUGCAAACGAAUGUUCGAAGUGUUCAUGGAACCUGGUUCGACAAUUGUAUUGGAUACAAAUAUUUGGUACCAUGAAACGCAAACCAUCGGUCAGGAUAUCAGCAUAACUGUGGGUGGCGAAUACGAUUGAGAUGCAAGACAUACACAAAGAUAAUUGUAGGUACUUAAAUAUUAGAAAUCAUUUACACUAUAAUUCCAAUGGCUUUUUUUUUUAUUAUUUUAAAUUAUUAACAUACACCAGCCAUUAAUAAGAAA